AUUUUAGCCGUUUCCGCUCUGAUAGCUUGCGCUCAAGCAGGUAUCUUUGAUCUUGGACACCAAUCUACAUCUUAUUCUGAUGCUCCAAUUGCUCAUUAUGAAGCUCCGAUCCAUAACUACAAUGUAGUUCCAGCAGCUCGCUACACCACUCCAGUUUACAAGACAGUUCAAAAGAAAGUCUAUCCGGAUACUUAUGCACAGUAUUCGUAUGGAUAUGGUGUCCAAGAUCCUAGCACCGGUGACUACAAGAACCAACAUGAGGAACGCGAUGGAGAUGUAGUUAGAGGAUACUACUCUUUGGUCCAACCUGAUGGUGUUACUCGGAUUGUCCACUAUACGGCCGAUGCUCUUCACGGUUUCAGAGCUCAUGUUGAAUAUAAAGGACAGCCAAUUGUACAGACUAAAGUCUUUGUUCCAGUCAAGACCCUAGUCCCUCAAUACCCUGGUUACCAUCAUUAA